AUGCUAUACUAACUUACCAAUAAGAAAAUUUCCAGCAAUUAUCUGAUAUUGCGUCUUUGAUUUUCACUCCGGGCCCGGGAACGAUAUACUCCUCCUACAUAAGACUGCAUCCCUUGUCAUAGGUCAUGAUUCUGGUAUACUAUAGAGUUCGCUGGUUUUCCUUAUAAUUGGUUAGUGUUGUUGAAUUGUUGAUUUUGUAAACAUUGUGCAAGUAAUUGAUAGUUCAGCUUUGUCAUAAUAAAACAUGAUAUAGAGCACUACAUCAGUUAAUUGUACAUAUAUAAUACACCAAUUAACAACAUUGCUAAACAUAACUAAACAAAAUUCACUGUAUUUGAAUUCACUGUAAAAAAUCAAAGCAGAAAAAUCGAUAUAACAUUUGAUAAAAUCUGAAAUUAUAUUUAGAGUUACUCCAUAGCAAAUGUUUGUCGACGAGCCUGUGAAAGAUGUUUGGGUCACUACGUAGCAAGUUUCAGACAGUACAAGAAGGUAUAUCCGCUAGUAUACGAGGAUUAUCCAUUGCUGAACAUCCUAAGAACAAAAAGUUGACCAAUGUACGGAAUGUGAAUUACAAUGCUGGUGCAGAUAUAUUGCAUCAUUUCCAAUUACAAUGGAAUGAGCUUCACGAACUUGCAGAAGAAAAUGCGGGAAAGGCUCAAGAAGCAGAUGUGUCGAUUUCCUCCAUUUAUGAGAAACUUCAACAGGAAUGGAAUAAUGUUACAUGUUUGAACAAUACUUUAGCUUACAUUCCAAAGAUUAAUAAUGCAAUUCAGGAUCUCAUGGACCAAAUAGGAAAUUUGCAAGAAAUGUUUGAGGAAGUUGAGGGAGCUUUGUAUCGAUUGGAAGACCUAAACGAGAUGCUAGAUUUACAAAGCAGGCAAUUGGAUCACAGAUUUCAGUUGGCUAUGUACAAAGAGAAGAAAUUGAUAGAAUUAAAUAAUUUUAAAAACCUUUUAGCAAAACUGACGAACGACCACAUUCAAAGAGUCUCGCAAUACGAGUUAAAGCAGCAAAAAAAGCUAAAAGAACGGCGGGAAACAUUUGAAGAAGCUUUUAAAGAGGAUCUUGAGGAAUACAAAGCAACUGGAUCUAUACCAACGUAGACGGGAUCACUACGUUUGUUGGCAGAUAAACGAACAGUUUUACAAUGGAUGCGAAUUUUUACAAGAGGAGGAGAAAGGAGAGGCUGUACGAUAAGUUGCAUAGAGGCUUUGUAAAAACUUGUAUAGGUG